UCCUAUGUACUCACCGGUGCCUGAAGAAAGACUGAUUGAUUGAACUAUUCCUGUCUUCCUCGGAGAUCUCCUUCCAUGUGUGUCAUGGAUUUUAGAAGAGUCCUGUUCUUGUUGCUUUCCUAUCAAGUUUCAGGAGUUGACAGCAAGUCACCCACGGCGGGCUUGUGUAUCCUCGGCGACUGCUACACGAUACACCAGGGGGCUGCAGACUUUGACACGGCGAGUGGUGUGUGCGGCGCUAAAGGGGGCCACCUGAUGACAGUCCGAUCGACGGUGCAGAGAGACAUCAUUUCAAUCCUAAAGGACAACCUGCAGGGUCACUUCUGGAUUGGACUUGAGCUCCCUACUGGAAAUUGUAGUGACCCCUCAAAAGAACUACGUGGGUACCGGUGGGUAACCCGAGAGGAAACUACGGACUUCACGGAAUGGAGAGCACAGAACUCAUCAGAAUGUGGUCGGUGGUGUGUCUUCAUCUCCAAAGAUCAGCUAUGGGAAGAAAGUUCAUGUCUGGAGGCGGCUGAUGGGUUCCUCUGUGAGUACAACUUUAAUGAAACCUGCCAGGCCCCUGAGAUGGAGGGAUUCUCCCUUACCUACCACACACCUUUAGGUUUUCAGGCGACCGACACAGUUCACCUGCCACCUGGUACAGUAGCAAUCAUGUCACCCACUGAAUACAAACUGUACUGUGACAUUAAUGAGUGGAAGACAGGUCCCUGGGAUUGCCAACAUGAAAACGGAGGAUGCAGCCACACGUGUGACAUGGAGGGAGGUAAUACGAAGUGCAUCUGCCCUGAAGGGCUACAGUUAGAGGAGAACCAAGUGACCUGUGAGACGCUCGAUCCAUGCAGGAGCCACCCCUGUGUGCACGUGUGUGUCCCUCAGAAGGACAGUUACAGCCGAGGGGGCUACAGACUGGACCAGGAUGGCUCGACAUGCGUGGACGUGGACGAGUGCAAACAGGAGCAAGUCUGCAAAGCUGAUCAGGUCUGCGUCAACUCGCCGGGCAGCUUUACCUGCGUCUGUCCACCUGGGUUUGAAAUGGUCGACGGUGAGUGUGAAGACACAGAUGAGUGCGAGUCCGCCCCGUGUGAACACCAAUGCACGAAUACAUAUGGGGGGUUCGAGUGUUCCUGCUUUGAAGGAUUUCGUCAAAAUAAGUAUGAAAAAACGACAUGUUACAGCGUCUGUGAAGAAGAGACGUGUGAAGCGAUGUGUGAUCCGAAAAACAGGGACGUAUGUGAAUGUCCAGAUGGAUACAUACUCCAUAAAGAGGAGAACACUAGCAUCUGCAUUGACGUGGAUGAAUGUGACCUGGAAACGUAUUGUGAGCAGCUGUGUAACAAUUCAUUUGGAAGUUACACCUGUUACUGUGAAGAUGGAUACAAACUAGAAGCUGAUAAUUAUUCAUGCACUUCAGAAGUACCAGACACAGAAGAUGGCUCCGGAUUAACAAGCAUCACUCCGGUCACCGAAGACUGGGUGACUCCGACUACUAACAUCACUGUCACUGAGGAGUCGGUGAUAUCAGCCGGGGCGCUCCUUGGGAUCCUCAUCGGUGUCCUUGUCGCCGUCAUCUUGGGGCUCUGCGUUGUGCACCGAGAGUUCAGACAGCGGGCAAAGUGGGACAUGGCGACGGAUUGAAAGAUCGAUGGUUUGGAAAGGGACUACGGGCUUCAGCAAGUCACCACUGUCAGGAAAUACUUGUUUAUCACAAACGACUUAAAGGCAUAUAUGUGACAUGCCAGGCAGAGGUGCGUCUGUGGGCUCCAGUGUUUUCUUUGAAACGAUGCCACUUCGAAACGUACGUUUCUGACGGAGAAUCUGCUUCUAUAUUUGUAGAGAUUUGAUUUAUUUAUAUUUAUAUGCAGGGUCAGUUAAAAGCCUUUGUGUGAUGCUGAAUCAUCUUAACUUCAGUUGUAUGCACGGAAACCAUUUGUGAAGCGUAAUUCAUGUAAAUGAUUGUAGUUUGAUCACAUUCUUGUAAUAGCUUAUUAACUAUAAAAUAAUGCAUUAAUUAUUACUUGUGUUCAUUUAUCCUGCUCUCAGUGUUAGGCAGUUUUUGAAGGAAAAAUUCCUUGACAGAUGGACUGGAAGUGGGGAACCGAAGUCUGGCCGCCGCCAUCUGAAGAUCUGAGCCCAUUGGAUUUCUUUUGAUGGGGACACAUAAAGGCUGUGUGGAUUAUAUAACUAAAGCGCGAUCUGUAGAUGAACUGAAAACUACUGUAUAGAGCUGGUGAGAUGCAGGGCGAAAAUCGGCAGCAAAAACCUGUUGGUAGAACUUUGGAGUCGCAUUACUAGCUGUUUGGUGAAGGUGGAUGUGCAUGUUGAGAAUGAACAAUCUCAAGUUUGAUUUUUUGUCGUCCGGGUGGUCUUUGAGUUUGCUAACCACCCGCACACACUAACAAAAUAAAAAGAAAUUAUACCGUACAUAUCAAAUAAAAAACGACAAAUUAUUAAUUAUGAUUGGAGUAUUUACAUAAUACCUUCUUCAUUUUUUACUUCUUUCCUCGCCUUUUUCUUUUUUCUUUUUUUUUCCUCCUAAAAGCAGCACCACUUUCUUUUGUUCGCUUCAUCUUGAGACUGAGAGAGUAAAAAAAUAUUAAUAAUGAGACUGAAAGAUUCAUCCCUUUUGGUCAAUAUAACUCGAAAAUCUGGUCAAGGUUUGUGAAAUAUAACUUUGCAACAUUUGUAUUUGUAACAGUUUUUAUACAUUUAAACGGUGUAAGUUUGACAUUGAUAACACACUUUAAUUUGCCAAAGAUCAAACAAACAAAAUUGUAAAAAAAAAAAAGUCCACUACUAAAGUUAAUUAAAAAGUGCCGCAUGGGGUGAACUGCCUCCUCAUCCACUACGCCAGUGCAUCUGCGAGUGAAAAUGAAAUAAAAUUUUUCACUUUCCCUUUUUGCAGAGUCAUUUUAUCAUCCAUGGACUUGAUGGUAUGAUAAUUUAAAACUGCACAAAGACCUUGUAGCAACCCUCCUCACACACUUAUAAUAAAUAUAUAUAUUAUACACACACAUAAACACACAUCCAUAUAUGUGUGUGUGUAUAGGGGGA